GCAUAUCUUUCCGUCAUUACUCACUUAGGUUUUGAGUUCGCCGUUCUUCGUUCAUAGCGUCUGAAAAUGUCUGGUCGUGGUAAGGGAGGAAAAGUUAAGGGAAAGAGCAAGACCCGUUCUAGCAGAGCAGGGUUACAAUUUCCAGUCGGUAGAAUUCAUCGUUUGUUGCGAAAAGGCAAUUAUGCUGAAAGAGUAGGUGCUGGUGCUCCCGUUUACCUCGCUGCCGUAUUGGAGUACUUGGCUGCUGAAGUAUUAGAAUUGGCAGGAAAUGCUGCAAGAGAUAACAAGAAGACUCGUAUUAUUCCUCGUCAUCUUCAAUUGGCAGUAAGAAAUGAUGAAGAAUUGAACAAGCUCUUAUCCGGUGUAACUAUCGCUCAAGGUGGUGUUCUUCCAAACAUCCAGGCUGUUCUCUUACCCAAGAAGACUGAGAAGAGCUAAAUCAGCUCUAGAUAGUCUUAAAAAGACUCCAAACGGCCCUUUUCAGGGCCAAAAAAAUUUUGAUAAAGAGUAGUCUAAUUGUAUUUCAUGUUUUAAGAUGUUGCAUUCUUAAUAUACUUUUUAACAUUCCUAAAUACAGUAGGCCAGGUUUUACCUAAUUUUUAAUUUAUCCGCUAUGGUCAGAAGUGUCAAGUGUUUCAUGUUACUGUCUCCCAUUGCUGCAUGCUUUCAAUAUGAAAUUUUGUUGGUUCAUAUUUUUAUAAUGUAUUAGUUCACAAAACAUUUUAAAAACCCAUUUUUCUGUCAUGCUGUUCUAUCAUACUUUUUUUUUUUUUAGUUCAUGAUGUUUGUAAAUGAAGAUUGAAAAUUUUGACAAAUAAACAAAUAUCUCAAAA